AUGGCUCCGCCUCCGCCCCUGGGCCGAAGGAAAACAAAAAUGGCGACGCUGAGCUCCCUCCAGGACCGCAUCCAAGGCAUCGGGACGCGACUGCAGGCCGAGAAUGAGUCCAAUUCGCGCGACAGGAUCAGCACCGCCUUAAACCUGGACUUCACGCGGAGCAGGCCGGGGUCGGAGAGGAAGCCCAAGACGCUUCCCAUAAUGGACGGGAGACUGCCAGGGCGCCCCAGCACAAUCUCAGGACGCCAGAGAGACCGGCCCAGAAUCGAACUGCCUUUGGUAUUCGAACCCAAACAACAGCAGUCAGACCCCUCAGAAUUAGAUGCACACGUCAAAGAAAUCACGAGAAAAAAUGGGAAUUUAAUAAUAGAAAGCAAGAGUUAUAAUAGUACCAUAGAAGAUAUGGAGUACAUAUCAGAAUUAGGUAAUGGCACAUCAGGCAACGUUGUCAAAAUGCUACACAAAUCUUCAAAGAAAGUUAUCGCUGUUAAGCAAAUGCGACGGUCGGGUAACCUAGAAGAGACCAAGCGAGUCUUCUUUGACUUGGAGGUUGUAUUAAAAUCCCAUGACUGCCCCUACAUAGUACAGUGUCUAGGAUGCUUCGUCACAGAUUCAGACGUCUGGAUCUGUAUGGAGCUCAUGGCCACCUGUCUGGACAAGCUCACCAAGCGUUACAAGCGGCCGAUACCUGAGCCUAUCCUCGGCAAAAUUUCUGUUGCUACCCUAAAGGCUCUCCACUACCUUAAGGAAUCCCACGGUGUCAUCCAUCGUGACGUCAAGCCUUCAAACAUCCUUCUAGAUGAACGUGGUAACAUUAAACUUUGUGACUUCGGGAUCUCAGGGAGACUAGUCGAUUCUAAGGCUAAGACUCGUAGUGCUGGUUGCGCGGCAUACAUGGCGCCAGAACGGAUAGACCCGCCAGACCCCGCAAGGCCGGAUUAUGAUAUUCGUGCUGAUGUUUGGAGUUUGGGCAUCACUCUAGUAGAGCUUGCUACAGGGCAGUUUCCAUAUAAAGAUUGUCGCAAUGACUUUGAGGUGCUGACCAAGGUUCUACAAGACGAUCCACCAUCUCUUCCCAAAGAUGGAAACUUUAGUCCUGAAUUCUGUGAAUUUGUUAAAGAUUGGUGAGUUCAGAUCUCAUUACUUUUGUCUUGUAUUUAGCCGUAUACUGGGUUUGUUAGUUUUGGUUUUCUCUCUGUGCCGUUUAGAAUGUGGUGUAGGUCAGUGGUCGA